CACCUUCACACAACUUGCUCGGGGCUGCUUUUUCCAGCGUUUUAGCACAGAGUUUCGCUAGCUUUCGACUGAACGGGCUCCACAGCGGCUAACAUGUCUGCAACCAUCUCCAGUGCCGCUGGUCCAUCACAAUCACUGGGGGCCGCGCCGGAUAUGGCGGAAUGGACGUGCAACGUGCCGUGGGAUGUGCUAGCUCUGGUGAACUCAGCGAACUCAAGAACUCUCAUCACGGAUGAUGCGCCCCUGCUGAUCAUCGAAAUAAACGACCAAGCCCUUGCCGCGCGGCAACAGGCUUUGCCAGGCGUUAACGUCACCAAGCCGGCUAUCGCGGCCAUCAUCAUGGCGCACCUGGCCGCGGAGCCGGACCUGAACGGUGGCCCCAGCCACCUCAUCUACAGGGGCACUUUCCGGCAGUACCAGCGCGCCAUCAACGCCCUGAACUCAACGCCCUGGGUACGCCGGGUUGCGGCGCUGCCGGACCUGGGCAAGGCCUGGGGCGCAGUGUCAGUCACGGAGGUCGCUGCGCUGGCCGGCCCCUUCAGCAUUUAACGGCGCCAGUCAACGACCUGCUGCGCGUGUCCCCGGUGCCCGGUGCAGACGACUUUGACGCAAUGCUGGCGCCUUGCGAGGAGGAAGACAUUGACGCGGAAGGACAUGAACAAUACUGUGCGCCAAUAACUGUGCACCUCCAAUCGAGCACCUUCAGCCAUUAUUAAUUGCUCUUGUGAGUGUUGCGACUGGGAGAAGUGUGAAGAAGGCAGACAGCGUUUUGGGGUAGCGUGCCAAGAUAGUCAUGCCAUGCGGACCUGCGAGCCUCAAAUCAUGCCCCUCCAGCCAUUACUGAUUGCUCUCUCAGGUCCGCAUGGCAUGACUAUCUCGGCAUGCUACCCCAAACGCUGUCUGCCUUCUUCACACUUCUCCCAGUGCGCGAGUGUGCUUGUGUAACGCUGCCAGAAG